AAUAAAGAAUUGUCUAUUUGAGGACAGAAAGUUUGUACAGCCGUUUCUGUGUUCUUAUUGGCGUACAAGUCAGUUUCUUUGCUCUUGCAAGUUGCAGGAUAAAUAAAUUGAGGGAGGGAGAUUUGAAGAGUCGGAGAAAAUCAUUAAUUAGAGUUGAUUUUUGUUGGGUCUGCUUCUGAUUGGCUGGUGAGGGUUGGACAUCGAAGUGGAUUGAUGGUCGUUUCUGGUCCAUCAGCGGCCUUGUCAAUUUGCAAGGAUGCAGCAGGAAUCGCCGGGAACGUCUUUGCUUUUGGGCUGUUUUUGUCACCUAUACAUACAUUUAGGAGAGUGAUUAGAAACUGUUCAACUGAACAGUUCUCGGGGCUGCCAUAUAUAUAUGCACUCUUGAACUGUUUGAUCUGCGUGUGGUAUGGCUCACCCCUCAUAUCUGUUGAUAAUGUACUGGUUAUGACGGUCAAUUCAAUCGGUGCAGUUUUUCAGUUGGCCUACAUUAUUCUAUUCAUUGUAUAUGCAGAGAGAACGAAAAAGUUGAGAAUGCUUGGACUUCUUCUGGCAGUUUUUGCCUUAUUUGCAAUCGUAGUCUAUGGGAGUCUGCAAAUAACUGAUAGAGGCAUGAGGUGGAUCUUUAUUGGGUUAUUGAGUUGCGCUUCUCUUAUAUCAAUGUUUGCUUCUCCAUUGUUCAUAAUUAAGUUGGUGAUCCGCACUGAGAGUGUUGAAUUCAUGCCAUUUUAUCUUUCGCUUUCCACUUUCUUGAUGAGCAUAUCGUUCUUGCUAUAUGGGAUAUUUAAUCUCGAUGUCUUUAUUUAUGUGCCAAAUGGAAUAGGAACUAUUCUGGGGAUUGUACAGUUGGCAUUAUACUUUCACUAUAAAAACAAAUCUAGAGAAGAUUGCAGAGAGCCAUUGAUGGUCUCAUACAUUUAAGUAAGAGUAUUGGCAGACAAAGUUUUGCGCUUUGAUACAUAGUAGUCAUUGUUCACCAAGAAACAGCGUGUGUCGCGGAUUUUACAUACUUAAAUUUGCAUAAAAGUAGGGUUGAUUUGGAUCCGCGGAAACUUGAUCAAGAAAGCAAUCAUGUGUUGAGUGUCUCGAAAAUGUUAUUAUUGAAUUGUCUCAAUUAUCUUUAUAUUGAUGAACAGGUUUCUUUCAACGUCUUCGUUUGGUUUCUGUGUUGGCAUUUCUCUUGGCGCGGCUAGGGUUCCAUUCUUUGUGUUUUUGGUGCGAAGGUUCACCGGCUCUCAAGAUUAAUCUAACCUGGUUGAGUUAGUCACUUAUGUGGAAUGAUCUAUUAUGCGCACCGAUUCAGUCGCACUCAGCGCACCGUUUUAGAUCAACUCACAUAUAUAUUUGUAAUUUAAUUUAUCUUUUUUUUAUUGCAUAGGUUAUGUCAGUCAA